AUGGGAGACUGGUCCAUUCUUGGCCGCUUCCUAACGGAGGUGCAGAACCACUCCACGGUGAUCGGCAAAAUCUGGCUGACCAUGCUGCUUAUAUUCCGCAUCCUGCUGGUGACCCUGGUGGGGGACGCGGUGUACAGCGAUGAGCAGUCCAAGUUCACCUGCAACACCCUGCAGCCUGGUUGCAACAACGUCUGCUAUGACACCUUCGCCCCUGUCUCACACCUGCGCUUCUGGGUCUUCCAGAUCGUGCUCGUCUCCACACCGUCCAUCUUCUACAUUGUCUACGUGUUGCACAAGAUCGCCAAGGAUGAGAAGUUAGAGACUGAGAAGAUCCAGGUGGUCGCCAAGCACCCUCCUGCACGUGAAAGGCUCAAACAUGUAGGGGUGGAGGGUGGGGAAGCCGUGGGGGCCAGCAGCCCCUCCUUCAUCCCCCGUUAUGAGGAGGAGUGGGGCACCCGGGAAGGGGAGUGUGUGGAGCAAAGCCUGCUGGAGGAGGACUUGAGGGAGGUGGGGAAGGACCCCACCGAGCUGUCCAGCCAGGUACUACUGACCUACAUCAUCCACGUGGUGCUGCGCUCCAUCAUGGAGAUAGCCUUCCUAGUGGGCCAGUACUAUUUGUUUGGAUUUGAAGUGCCUCACCUGUUCCGCUGUGAGACCUACCCCUGUCCCAACCGGACUGACUGCUUCGUGUCUCGUGCCACGGAGAAGACCAUCUUCCUCAACUUCAUGUUCAGCAUCAGCCUGGGCUGCUUCAUCUUGAACAUUGUGGAACUGCACUACCUGGGAUGGGUCUAUAUUUUCCAUGUGUUGUGCUCGGCCUGCUCCACAUGUUGCGAGCCAGAGAGGGACCCUGUGGAACGCGUGGACCUGUAUCACAACCACAACCCUCUGCUGCUGCAGCUCAAACACUCCCUACGAGGCAGAGUGGUCCUGCAGACCCCCCCCCCCAUGUCCCAGGAGAAGAGCAGUGGCAUCUUGUCAACCCACACCCCUGCCAUCUCCUUUGAGACUGACUCCACAGUAGAGUGCACCUCCAAGAGGAGCCCAGAUGAGAAAGAACGCACUAAAGCCAAACUGGCCAACAUGUCCAAAACAGGCAGAGGCAAGAAGUCCUGGCUGUGA